AUUUUUUAUUAAAAUAUGUUAUCGAUAAUUGAAAACAUUAUUUCCCAAUAUUUACUAUCAUAAUUCCGGAUAUGCUUGAAUCUAGAAGACCGUUUUUCACUAUAUUCGUUUCGUAUUUAGCAAUAGUCGUUUCUUCUCAAGAAGAAUGUGAAAAUGGUAUGAAAGCAUGUGAUAAUGGGCAAUGUAUAAAUACAGACUUUUGGUGUGAUGGUGAAAAAAAUUGUGAUGAUGGGUCAGAUGAAUCAAUUAUUUCAUGCAGCAGCCUUCAAUUAAAUUCAACAUGCGCAGUUACAUCAAUUGAGUUUGACUUUUCAAGAAUUUAUAAUAUUAUACAAAUACUAACUUACUAUUGAAUUUUCAGUUCAUUUCAAGUACAGUGUAAUAAUUCACAAUGCAUUUUGCAAGAGAGUGUUUGUGAUGGAAAAAAGGAUUGUGAUGAUGGCUCUGACGAAACUCAAAAAACUUGUGAA